CAGUUCUUUCAGAUAUUUUAGCAGAGCAGAGCAGGUCACAAAACAAAACAACCUCAUCCUCCUCCUCCUCCGCGUUCGUUCUUCAACAUGACAUAGCCCCUUGUCUCUGUGUCCGUACCAGUGAAAGCCCCAACCUAACCACGAAGACAAAUCUCCCCAAGUUCGAACCCCCUAGCAUUCAAUUUAUUGGUGUUUAUCUUCAUAUAUUUCUUCAAUGGCAUCGUCCAAGAGAAAUCACAAAGAGAAGAUAAUUCGUCGAAAAGAGGAAAAGCCAGAAGAACCAGAACAACCACAAUAUAGAGACCGAGCCAAGGAGCGUAGAGAAGAUCAGAAUCCCGAUUACGAAGCCACUGAGUUGGGCUCUUUUCAUGCCGUUGCUCCUCCAGGGACAGUUGAUCUCCGUUCUGCUGAUGCACACAAGAUAUCCAUCGAGAAGAGCAAAUACCUUGGAGGUGAUGUUGAACACACACAUUUGGUUAAGGGCCUGGAUUAUGCUUUGCUUCACAAAGUGAGAAGUGAAAUAGACAAGAAGCCAGAUGUUGGAGAAGAUGCUGAUGGAAAGUCUAGACCAUCUAAGGAAGAUCAACCAGUGUCAUUUCGCACUGCAACUGCAAAGUCAGUGUAUCAAUGGAUCGUCAAGCCCCAAACUGUUAUGAAGACAAAUGAAAUGUUCCUUCCUGGGCGGAUGGCUUUCAUCUUUAACAUGGAGGGUGGGUUUUCCCACGACAUCCCUACCACUCUGCACCGAAGUAAAGCUGACUGCCCAGUUCCUGAGGAAAUGGUCACUGUCAGUGUUGAUGGUUCUGUUCUAGAUCGAAUUGCCAAAAUUAUGUCAUAUCUUCGCCUUGGAUCAUCUGGGAAGGUUCUCAAAAAAAAGAAGAAAGAAAAAGAUGGGAGAGGAAAGUUAACUGAUGUUCCCAAUGUAUAUGAUGAAGAUGAGAAGGUGUCAAAACCUGAUGUGUCGAAGAACCAAACUGAUAGAGAAACACUCCCACCGCCUCCACCACCACUCAAGAAAAAUCAUCCUAAUUCAAGAGAGAAACGGGCCCCUGUUCUUGCUAGAGUUGAAGAGGAUGAUAUCUUUGUGGGGGAUGGCGUUGACUACGCUAUUCCCAGUGCAGAUAUGAACCAAAGUCCUAUUUCGGAAGACAUGGAAGAAUCUCCUCGAAAUAAGGAAAGGACCUCCUACUUUAAUGAACCUGCUUAUGGUCCGGUCCCACCAUCUGAGCCUUCUCAUGAUUGGCAACAAAUGAAUGGAUAUGAUGCUCUGCAUAUACAAUCACUGGCUGGUGGGUAUCAGGGAGAGUGGCAGGACUAUCAAUAUGCUGACCAACUAGCUUAUCCUGAGCAAUACCUCCAGCAAAACCUUCAGACUUACGAGGUACAAGCAGAUUUGAACAUUCCACAGGACGCACGUUUCAUGACUCAAGAAGAGAAGGAUCGGGGUUUGGGGUCAGUGUUCAAGCGGGAUGAUCAGAGGCUUCAGCAACUAAGGGAGAAAGAUUCUCGGGAAAAGGAUCCCAAUUUUAUAUCUGAGAGUUAUUCUGAAUGCUAUCCUGGUUACCAAGAGUAUAACCGUGAGAUUGUGGACAGUGACGACGAAAAUGAUUUGUCAAAAAUGGAUAUGGGUGGACGGGCAAAGGGUCGCCUUCAUCGGUGGGACUUCGAAACAGAAGAGGAAUGGGCAACAUACAAUGAGCAGAAGGAAGCAAUGCCAAAAGCUGCCUUCCAGUUUGGUGUGAAGAUGCAAGAUGGUCGGAAGACACGAAAGCAAAACAAAGACCAGAAGCUUACUAAUGAGCUGCACAAGAUUAACAAGAUACUUGCCAGGAAGAAGAUGGAGAAGGGGGACAUAGAUGAUGAUGGCGGUCAGUAUGAUGAUGAUUCACAUCCUGGAAAGAAACUUCGAAUAUGAAGAUUGGGAAGUUUGUUGACGUUAUCAUGUGUUUCAUUUUAUCGGGAAUUUUCCAUCCUGUAUGUUACAAGUUGGUGAUGUUCUAUAUUUUGAAGUGGAAUUAAUGUCAAAGUCUUUUAUCUAUAUCACUUGCCGGAAACAUCAUGAAAAGUCUAUGAUCUUCUUUGUUACGGUACUAACAUGGGUGCGUCCCGCUCAAAGGCUGUUUAGAGAUAUUUGAGGUCCAUGUGUGGCAGUGUUUGGCGUUCUUAUUUCCUCCCUGACCCCAUUUCCUCCGUUUUUCUCGGUGUAAUUAAAGAAAGA